AUGACCUCGCUCAACCUUUCCAUCAACGGGCCCUCCAUCCGGAGCAGCUACGACUCUGUCAUCAAGGCACCCAAUUCGACCUCCAGCUCCCCCACCGACGUUCGCUGGGCCCUCUUUUCCGUCCAGGCACCCCUCGCCAAUGCCUUCCAGGACUCGGGCAACAAGGAGAGCGUCCUCAAGGUCGACGGCACCGGGUCCGGUGAGCUCGACGAGCUCAUUGAGGACUUCAGCGAAGGCCGCAUCCAGUUUGCCUUUGUCCGCGUCAAGGAUCCCAACUCCGGCCUGCCCAAGAAUGUUCUCAUUGCCUGGUGCGGUGGCGGCGUCCCCGAGCGCACAAAGGGCUAUUUCACGAGCCACCUCGCUGCCGUGUCCAAGGUCCUCCACGGCUACCACGUCCAGAUCACCGCCCGCUCCCAAGACGACCUCGAGAUCGACAGCAUCAUGAAGAAGGUUUCCGACGCCUCCGGGGCCAAAUACUCGGCCGGCAGUUCCGGCGAUGCCGGGCCCCGCGCCGCACCGCCCCCGCUGGCCAAGAAGCCCGUGUUUGGCCCGACCAGCAGCUCGUCCGCAGCUCAUGCGCCGCUCGUUGCCGCCCGCAAUCGGCGGCAGGAAAACGUCGACGCCGACGGCUGGGGUGACGACGCCCCGCCCGUCACCCGCACCCAGAUCGAGAAGGUCGAGUCCGCAUACAAGCCUGUCAAGGUCAACAUGGCGGAGCUCACCAAGCAGAGCCAGCCCCAGCCCCCUCGGGCUAGUGGUGGUGGUGGUGCUGCUGCAAGCCACAGCAACGACAAUCCUGACGUCAUUGGCGGCGGGUACAAGCCCGUCGGCAAGGUUGACAUUGCUGCCAUCCGCGCCGCCGCAAAAGAAUCCCGCGACGACCGCCCGACCAUUGUGAAAGGCGCCUACGAGCCUGUUGGUAAGGUGGACAUUGCUGCCAUUCGUGCCAAGGCCCAGCGCCCGACCGACGACGACAGCAGCGCCCGCCCCUCGCCCCCUCCUCCCUCUGCGCCGGCCGACGACGAACCGGAGCCACCCAAGAGCCUCGCCGCCCGCACCGCAAUGCUCACGCCGUCCGAAUCCGACCGCCUGACCUCCCUCCCUAAGCCCAAGAUAGCCAACAGCCGCACAUUCGCCGACCAGGGCGGUAAAACGCCCGCACAGAUCUGGGCGGAGAAGAAGGCCCAAGGAGGUUCCGGUGCUGCGAACCUAGCACCGUCCGGUGUCACGUCCCCGCCUCAGGUGGUGUCGCCUCUCGGCGCACAGAAGAGCGGUGGCGAGUGGAAGAGCGGGUACAAGGGCAAAAGCUGGGGCGCUGUGCAGACGACCAACUUUGGCCGUGGGGGUGCCGUCACCGAGCAGCGCACUGGUGGGUCGGUGGACGCCAAGUCCCAGGACGAGCCGCCCAGCUCGCCUGGCGGUGGCGUCUCGGCGCUGCGAGACCGCUUCAAGGGUGCCCAGCCCAUGGGCCAGCCGGCUCCCUCGGCCCCCGCCAUUCCUACGCACACUGGCGACAACAGCCGUGGCUUCGACAACAACAACGAUGAUGACGACGACUCGGCCCCGCCCCCGCCUAUUCCCUCUGCCUCCCGCCCUCCAGGUGCCUUCCAGCUGCCUGGCUUGCCAUCACGGCCACCGCCGCCGACGGACGAAGAAGAGGAGGAAGAGGAGUCCCACGAGCGUGAGCAGUCACCUGUCCGCCUGGCCGUCCCUGUUGCUCGUGCGCAGGAACGGGAGCCAGAGCCAGAGCCCGAGCCCGAGCAAGAAGAGGAGCCUGCGCCGCCCGUCCCCGUCGCACCACGGCCGGUUCCCCCUCCGGUGCACGAUGAGCCCGAACCUGAACCGGCUGCUGCCCAUGCUGGCGGUUCCGGCGGCAGUGGCCAGCGUGCGCUGGUCCAGUACGACUACGAAAAGGCCGAGGACAACGAGAUUGAGCUGGUCGAGGGCCAGUACGUCACCAACAUUGAACAGGUCGACGAGGAUUGGUGGAUGGGCACCAACGAGCACGGCGAGACUGGUCUGUUCCCUAGCAACUACGUCGAGCUCGUGGACGACGACGCGGCUCCUGCCCAUCGCGACCCCACACCUGCAACGGCGACGCACGUCCCACCGCCGCCACCAGCCGAGGAGCCGGAGCACGAGGAGACGGGCGGCAAGAACCUGCCGUGGGCCUAUGCCCAGUACGACUACGAGGCUGGCGAAGACAAUGAGCUGAGCUUCCCUGAAGGCGCCAAGGUGACGGACAUUGAGUUCCCCGACGACGACUGGUGGUUCGGCCACUACCAGGGCCAGUCGGGUCUCUUCCCGUCCAACUAUGUCGAGCUGCAGCAGCACUAG